GACCAGAGGAGGACUAACAUGUGGCAUCCGUUGGUGUUUUCAGCGCGUGAGGAGUUCGACGCUCUUCAGAGGAAACAGUCCGAGACUCAGACCAAGGUUGAUCUUCUGGAGCAGGAGAGAGAUGAGGCUCUUCACAAACUGCAGCAUUUUCACAAAGUGUCGGAGCAGGUCCUGGAGGAGGUUGGACUCAUCCAGAGGAACCUCCAGAUCCAGACGAGCUGCAGAGAGACGGCGGAAGCUCUGGCCACCAGGUUGUCUCGUCAGAACCGUUCUCUGAAGCGUCGCUCUAUGAUGCUCGUGUCUCACCUGAGUCCAGACCUGGUCUCACACAUAGACCUGCUCGAACCGGACCCAGACCUGGACCCGAUCCCGGACCCAGACACAGAAGGACCUGGUUUGGACCAGGGUCUGAACCAGAUCUGCCAGUCUGUCACCUGUCAGAGGACGAUCACAGAUCUGCAGAACGAAAAAACCAAAGCAGAGUCUGAACUUCAGGAACUGAGAGAAGAACUGGACCGAACCCGAGAAGAGUUGCUGAAGGAGAAACACGACAACACUUUGUUAAUCGCAGAGAAAGUUCGACUCAACAAACUCCUGAACAGCUACAACAGAGUCUCGUUGUUGGCGUUGGAGGAGUUCGAGGAGCUGCAGACGGAUCUGGAUCUGGAGAAGAACUUGAGAUCAGAGGCUGAAAACUUUGCCCGAGAGAUGUUGGUCGAGCAGAAAAAGCUGAAGCGCCAGAGCCAGAUCCUGGUCCAGAACCUGGGUCCAGACCAAGUCCUGAUCGAGGCCUUAGACCAGGUCCAAAAACUGACCGCAGACCUGGAGCGAGAGAGACUCCAGCACCAGGAGGAGCUGGCGUCCCUGGAGCGUCGUGUUUCCUGCUCUGAACACCAGAUGGAGCUGCAGAGUCUGAGGAGCCGAGUGCAGCUGCAGGAAGAGAAGAAGAACGAACUGAACAAACUGUGGAGCGACGCCCGAGACGAAGCCAAAGACCUGAGACUGUUUCUGGUGAGGAAGAAGAAGAACGUGAGCGCAGACGUCCCCCUGACCCAGAAGGAACCAGCCGACAAAACAGAUGUUCGUACGUUGGCGGUAAACGAGAUGAUGCAGAGGAUCAAACGAGGCGUCCAACUGCGACCUGUCGACCAAUCAUCAUCCAGAACCAGGACACAGUUGGAGAAGAAACCGUCAAACUCUGCGAUCCACGAGCUCCGAGGAAUCAUGGAAAACUUUAACCGGAGCCCGAGGACUCUGGUCCGGACCGAGUCCAGAGACCGAGACUCAGAACUCAACCGGGUUUUACUGAAGAGACGAGACGCCAUAGAAACACAGACCUGCAACAGCCCAGUCCAGACCCAGAUCUAG